UGCAUUAGGCAGAAAAGAAAUUUGCGUGCUACCUAAUCAAAUAUUACGAAUAUUGACUAGGUUUUGUGGCAUGGAUUUAUGGAGAAAAACCUGUGCAAAUAUUUUAUUGUCCGGUGGUGGAAUUAGUGAAAACAAUGUAAAUAUGAGUCGCCUGGAUGUCAUUGUAACAAAUUUAUUAGGAUGCACAUCAACAAAAACUCUCUUACAUUGGAAGCAGGUGCUUGAUUCUGGGCAGUUUAAAGAAUUUGACUAUGGUUCUAGGAAUAUGGAAAAAUACAAUCAGAUGACCCCUCCCUUUUAUGAUAUAAGAAACAUGAAUAUCCCAAUCUUCAUGUGGGGUGGUGAAAACGAUCAAAUUUCAACACUAAAGGACACCGAACUAUUGCUCCCUCUUCUUAGUAAUCUGAUCUCCUACAAAAUAAUUCCUCAAUGGAUGCAUUAUGAUUAUCUUUUCGGCCUUGAUGCACGUCAAAAAUUGUAUGAUGAACUUGUUGACAUAAUUCACAAUUUCUCAUAAGCUGGGGAUUGUCUAGUACAGGGGUCG